AUUUAGUUUAUAUAGAAAACUACGGAAUACUUUAAACUAAGUUGUAUUCCUGUGUAGUCCAGUUGCUUGUCCAUAGACAAUAUAUAUAUAUUUGCUUUUAAAAUUUUUAGAUUUUUUUUUUCCAUUUCACGAAACUGUCGCGAAUGGUUCAUGUUACAGAGCAUAAACAACCAUGAAGAAAGCAUCAUCAAAAACCGAUGGGCCUGCUGAGAAGAAGCCGAAAAUUGAAGGAGGAUCGAUCAAAACCGACGAUUUUUUAGAGCAGUUCAAAACCACCCGAAAUGAAACCGCCAAAUCUAUCUUGGACUUUGACUUUAAGAAAAAGCGUGUACGGAUCCUGUCGGAUGCAAAGGAAGUUGACGAAAAUAAGCAGGGCGUUGUAUAUUGGAUGUCCCGCGAUGCCCGAGUGCAGGACAAUUGGGCGUUUUUGUUUGCGCAGAAACUGGCGUUGAAAAACGAACUUCCGUUGCACGUUUGCUUCAGCUUGGUGCCGAAAUUCCUCGAUGCGACUAUCAGACACUACAAGUUUAUGUUGAAUGGUCUCGAGGAAGUAUCAAAGGAAUGUGAAUCUCUAAAUAUCAAUUUUCACAUGCUAACUGGAAUGGCCAAGGAUACCAUUCCGGCUUUUGUAAAGAAACACAAUAUCGGGGCUGUUGUAUGUGACUUCAGCCCACUACGCGUUCCUCUAAAAUGGGUGGAAGACGUUGGUGAAUCUCUACCGGCCGAAGUGCCAUUUUGUCAAGUAGAUGCCCACAACAUUGUUCCCUUGUGGGUGACAUCGGAGAAGCAAGAGUAUGCAGCAAGGACAAUUCGCAACAAAGUGAACAAUAAUCUCAAUACAUAUCUGACGCAGUUUCCACCUGUUAUCAAACAUCCACACAAGGCGUCUUUCAAGGUCAAUCCAAUUGAUUGGGGUGGACUGCUCAAUACGCUUGAAGUAGAUAGAAGUGUAGAUGAAGUUGCUUGGGCCACUCCGGGAUACAAAGGAGGGGUUCGAAUGCUACAGAGUUUCGUCGAGAAGCGUCUGAGGAAAUUCAAUGCCAAGCGAAACGAUCCCACCGAUGAUGCCCUUUCAAAUCUUUCUCCUUGGUUCCACUUCGGCCAAAUCUCUGUUCAACGGAGUAUCUUGGCUGUAAAGAAGUACGGCAAAGGAUACUCUGAAGGUGUGGCUGCUUUCUGCGAGGAAUCGAUUGUACGCAGAGAAUUGUCCGAUAACUUUUGCUACUACAACAAGAACUAUGACAACCUGAAGGGUGCAUACGAUUGGGCUCAGAAAACUUUGAACGAUCACCGUAAGGAUAAACGCACUUACAUCUACAGCAGAGAGCAGCUCGAAAAGGCGCGAACCCAUGACGAUUUGUGGAACUCAGCACAGAUUCAGAUGGUCAAUGAAGGUAAGAUGCAUGGUUUCCUGCGCAUGUAUUGGGCCAAAAAGAUUCUUGAAUGGACAAAAACUCCUGAGGAAGCGCUAGAAACAGCAAUUUAUCUGAAUGAUCGCUACCAGCUGGAUGGGCGUGAUCCGAAUGGCUACGUUGGCUGCAUGUGGUCUAUUGCCGGUAUUCAUGAUCAGGGGUGGCGUGAGCGGGAAGUAUUCGGAAAGAUUCGCUAUAUGAAUUACGAAGGGUGUAAGCGAAAGUUUGACGUUGCUGCUUUUGUGGCUCGUUAUGGAGGCAAAGUUUUUAAAUGAGGAAGCAGAUCAGCAGCAAAAUCAAUUGAUGUGGAGUCCGCUGUAUGCGAUGUGUUCCCGCAACUUAGCGCUUUCGUUGGCAUUGAUAAUCGCACUGGUACCACUGGCGGCCGUAGCGUUACCUCCUCACAGUGUUGCCAAGCGAAGCUCCUUUUUCGACAUUGAGUGCAAGGGACAGUUCAACAAAGCGAUCUUCUACCGGCUGGAUCGGAUAUGCGAAGAUUGCUACUCGUUGUUCCGCGAGCCACAGAUUCUGUCCUUCUGCAA